AUGUCGGGAAUUACCUGCAGAAAUAGUGAUAGUCGGCAGCUACAUUCAACAAGUUGGAUAUUUGCCAACAGCUUCUGUCCGGAAACCGCUGUAUAUUUGUUUGAGGAAAUAAAUUUUCGAAUUUUUGUGGAACUUGGAAAGUGCAGAGGAGUUCUUGAAGUCCGUAUCUUGUGGGGUUCUCGUCAGAUCAGGUGGGUUUCGUACAGUUCUUAUUUACGGAAUAUGACAGCUCUAAAGAAGGCUUACUUGGGAAUGCAGUGCUUCUGGGGCGAGUCAUCUUUUGCUAAAGUGGACGGAAUAAUGAAAACUCGAGUUGGAUAUGCUGGAGGCAAAAAGCUUUCUCCAUCAUAUUAUGACAUUGGUGACCACACAGAAACAAUUGAAGUGCAAUAUGACGAUGGGCUAGUAACCUAUGAAACUAUUUUGGAUUGGUUUUGGAGCCACCACGACCCAACUCAAAAAUUUAAAAAACAAUAUGAGUCUGUUAUAUUUUACACCGAUGAAGAGCAGAAAAAAGUUGCGGAAAAAAGCAUACAGCAAAUUCAGCGAAAAUUUUCGCCAAGGGUAGUAUUUACGCGUUUGGUACAGUUGGAUAAAUUUUAUCAGGCGGAAGAUUACCAUCAGAAAUAUUGGCUACGUUGCCAGCCUGCGGUCUACAAUAAAUUAGGAUUAAGCGAUGAGCAACUUGUUUCUUCAACUCUGGCUGCAAAAGUCAACGCGUUUCUUGCUGGGUAUGACAACUUUAAGGUACUUGAAAAACUUGCGGAUGAAUACCAUCUAGAUCCUGAUUUAAAAAAGAGUAUUGGAUUGAUCGCUAGGAGAGGUGGAGAUCCGCGGGCUUGUCAUUAA